UGUGUGAUUGCGACUGCGCUCACAAUUCCGAUUCAACAACGCCAUGGCCUUCGUAUGGCGACGGCGCUGAACCAGUUGAGUUUGGAAUAUUCAUGUGCUGAGCUGUUGCAGGCUACCAACAACUUCAGCGAGAACAAUCGCUUAGGUUAUGGGACUUUUGGCGGUGUGUUUCGUGGCGUCCAGCGAGAUGGCACAGAGAUUGCCGUUAAGGUUCUGGAGGGACCGGAAGAAGCUGGCUUUGAGGCCAUCGCUCGUUGGGUGGCGAGGCCCAAAAGGGUGGCCGCUCGAUGGGUCAUGCGGCCGCGGUUUUAGGCGGCCAGGCCGCUUUGCCUCAUAUUUGGUUGAAGGGCAAUGCUGUUGUUGCAAGAGGCCUUCUAUCCCAGCCCAAGGACACUAAGAGGAUACUCAGAGGCAGUUUCAGGAGUUGGGUCUUGGCCACCUUGAUCUUGACUUGAUGGGCAAGAACUCCAGAAACUCACCCAGAUCCAGGAAGCAUCCAGGAGGUCUUGUCCUUAGCCACUUCCAACAAGAACCCCUACACGUGUAGGCACAACCGGCAGGCGCCUUGCCGUGAGGAAGAGGUUCGCGUGCUGAGCAAGUUUCGGCAUCCGAAUCUGGUCAUUUUAAUGGGCUUCGCAAAGAACGGGCCUUGAUCUCAGCUGUUCAUCGAUCUGACAGGAAAACACAUGCUUUUUUUCGAACGCCUGUGUUAGAGUGGUUAUUCUUUUUCCAAAGUGGCCAGAGGUAUGCGUAAGAGGCAUGUCGUUUUAA